AGCAGGUGACAGGAGCCCCAGGGCUCCCAGCCCUGGGAGGAGCCAGGCUGAGCUUCAUAAGGGGACUGCUCUUUGUCUCAACACGCAUUUCACUCGACCUUCUCACCUGACGCUUCCUCAGCCCAGCAUUUCUGAAAGCAAAGAUGGGCAGCACUCCAGCUGAGAAGUCCAUGAUGGCCUUGGUCGACCUGUUUCACAAAUACGUUGGGAGUGAUGAUAAGAUGGACAAGCCGGGCCUGUCGAGGAUGGUCAAGGACCAUUUUCCCAACUUCCUCAGUGCCUGUGAAAAGAAGGGUAAAGAUUACUUGGGCAAUGCGUUUGAGAAAGCGGACAAGGAUAAAGAUGGGAAGAUUGACUUUUCCGAGGUCCUCUCUGUGCUGGGAGACAUUGCCUCUGACUACCACAACCAGAGCCACGGAGCAGAGCCCUGCUCCGGGGGAGGCCAGUGAUGCAUCCAGGCCAGGGCCUCCAGCGACCCCAGGACAAUAAAAUGUCUCCUCCCACCAGA